UAGCCACCUUCUGUGGCUAUAUCAGUGAGCAAAGCAGGCAAAGGAGCAGCAUUUAUGGACCUUACAAUCUAGUUAGGGAGACAGGAGAUGGAUUACGGGUAUGUAGUCUCAGGAUGUGAUAAAUCCUAUGAGGAAAAAUAAAGCUUCAUAAUAAUUACUACAAUAAUAGUAAUUUAUUGUAACAUCUGGAUAGUAAUUUAUAGUAAUGUAUAGGUUGUGAUGGGGGAGAUAUUCCUGCAUGCCCUGCUAGGCUUUUCUGGAUAUAAUUUGAACCAAGACAGUUUUGAGGGGAGUCACCCAUCAUAACUGCAUGGAGAGAACAUCCCAGGGCAGUUUGCAUUCCUUUUUUAAAAUAUCUAAUUGUUUAAUAUUUUCAAUUAUAGUUGACACAGAAUUAUAGUAGUUUCAGGUGUACAACAUAGUGAUUCGGCAUGUAUAUAAUUUACAAAAUGAUCAGGUAAAUCCAGCACAGGCCUGUUUCUAAUGAUUGAUAGGCUUCCUGCCUCAGAAACUUAAUGAAUGCAGAUUUCCCAGUCACAUCCCACACCCGCUAAACCAGGACUAUGCCUUUUAAACAACUGCCUGAUCCACGCCACAUUUUGACAUUCUUUGCCGAAAAUCCUGGGUUACACCUACAUCACCACGUUUAUAAUAUACCUUUCAAUGGGAUGGAUACAGAUUGUGCUCUUGCCAUUGAUUCUGGACUUUUACAGGCCUCACUUUAGUAGCCUUUUUCUGAGGCCCCUCCCCCAAUGCCAACUGAGGUUCUUCCUAGCCAUUCUUUCCUAGUUGGUGAUGGCCAGCCUCACACUCUACCAACUUCCGGAAAUCUUUAUGUUCUUAAAGACCUCUUCAAGUCAACUAUUUUCCAGCCAGAGCUGUGGGGGUCAGCCUACCAGAUGUAUUACCUGCCCCUUCCUAGGAGUGCCGCCUCUGCUACUAUACUGACACCUGAACUCCCAAUUGUCCUUUUAGAAACUUUUUUUUCUUAACAUUUUUUUAUUGUCGUUCAAUGUUUUUUUAAAUGUGUAUAAAGUGAAGAAUAUAGUCCGCGGCUCUAUUACUUUUCUGCUCAGCCUGCUAAAAGCAUCUUAAGUCUCAGAGUGUUUGCAUCGCGAAGCGCUGGAAAUGCACCCAUUUUUCGCAACCUUCCAAGUGCCGGAAAACGAGAUAAUUUCAAUAGCUCCUCACCUUUCCACCACCCAUGACUACAGGUCCCAUAGCCCGGGCUCUGCUUCUGUACGGCACUCAGGUGUCCCAACAUGGCGGCCCCCGUGGCGGCCCCCAAGGCGCCACUGCGAGAUAGGCGCGGACAUAUUGCUAACGAAUACGGAAAUGGUUGCUGAGUUUAUUCAAACGCCUGAGAGCGUCCUCGGCUACCGUAGACUGAGCGGGACGGUGCGGAAGUUGAAGCAGUUCCCGGAAAUACAACGUUUGUGAUCUUGCGGGUCUGGCGAAAAACUCAGGUCCUGACUCCCCAGGAGCAAUAGAAUCAUGUGAAGCAGGAGGAAGUUGCAGGGUUGGGUAUAAGCACGUCUGGGGACACACCUGACUGAAGACAGAUUUCUGAACAGAAAUUUAGAGCAGACCCAGAACACACCAAGACAGAGCCUCCCUUUGCCAGCUUUUUUCAUAGAACAAGAAAAUGCUCCAGGCUCAAGAGUUUCUGACAUUUCAUGAUGUGGCCGUGGACUUUACCUUAGAGGAGUGGCAGCUCCUGGACUCUGAUCAGAAGGACCUGUACAGAGAUGUGAUGUUGGAGAACUACAGCAACCUGGUGUCAGUGGGUUAUGAAUCCAGCAAUCCAGACGUAUUCUCCAAGUUGGAUCAUGGAGAAACACCAUGGACAGAGGAAGGUGAAAUCCACUGUGGAAACCAUUCAGAAAUCUGGAAACUUGAUGACCAUCUGCUGGAGAACACAGAAAGUGAAAGCAUGGAGAAUAGCCUGGAACAAUGGCACAAAAAUAAUGUAUUUGAAAAUUGUGUCCAUUGGAGCAAAAGUCAUUUUCUGUUACAACAAAAUCAUGGUACAUUUGACUCACAUGGAAAAAGUAUGAAAUCAGAUUUGUCUUUACCUAACCAGAGCAGAAACUAUGAAAUCAAGAGGCCCACUGAACUUUCUGGAAAUGGGAAAUCCUUUUUCCAUGCCAACAGUAAACAGUUUCAGACUGAAAUGAAAUUCCUGGAAAUUCAAAAACUCAUCAGCACCAAGUCCCAACUCAUCAAGCAUCAGAAACCUCAGAAAAUAAGGAAACAACAUAUAUGCAGUGAAUGUGGGAAAGCCUUCUUGAAGAAGUGGUUGCUUAAUGAUCACCAGAAUCUUCAUACAGGAGAGAAGCCCCAUCAGUGUAGUCUAUGUGGGAAAGCCUUCUCCAGAAAGGUUACACUGAAGGAACACUGGAGAUCACAUAUAGGAAAGAAACCUCAUGAAUGCAGAGAGUGUGGCAAAGCCUUUGUCAAGAAAUCACAGCUCAAUAUACAUUAUAAAAUACACACAGGGGAGAAACCUUUUGUAUGCAGUGACUGUGGGAAGCGCUUUAUCCAGAAGGGCAAUCUCAUGGUACAUCUACGGAUUCACACAGGUGAGAAACCUUAUAUAUGUAAUGAAUGUGGAAAAGGCUUCAGCCAAAAGACAUCUCUCACAACACAUCAGAGACUUCACACAGGAAAGACACCCUUUGUGUGUAGUGAAUGUGGAAAAUCCUGUUCCCAGAAGACAGGUCUCAUUAAACAUGAAAGAAUUCACACUGGAGAGAAACCCUUUGAAUGCAGUGACUGUGGGAAAGCCUUUAUUGGGAAGCCACAGCUUGUUGUACAUCAGAGAAUUCAUACAGGGGAGAGACCCUAUGGUUGUAAUGAAUGUGGGAAAGCCUUCAGAGCAAAGUCAGUCCUCAAUGAACAUCAGAAAAUUCACUCAGUCAAGGUGGUACAUCCUCUCUCAGAGAGUCAAAUGUCAUCAAAGACUAGUGUCCUGCAGGAGAAGAACCUUGUUAAUACAAUGGCUAUGCAGGUGCCUUCUCUGGCCCCUCAGACAGCAUUAAAUGUCAGUGGACUCCUAGUAAACAGAAAUGUAGUCAUAGUGGGCCAGCCUGUGGCCAGCUGUGCACCCUCAGGAGGAUUUGCACAGAAUAGAAACCUCAUGAAUGCAGUGAGUGUGGAUUCACCUUCAGUUGUCAAUUAUGUGUUAUAUUAUGUCACAGGAAACCAAUAGGAAAAACUCAGACACAUUCUGUGUGCAAGGAUUUGAUCAAAACUUUCUACCUCAGGUUAUAGUUGAAAGUAUAUCCUGAGAAGUUGUAUGAAUGCUGAGACUGGGAAGUCAUGAUAUCCUCAUUCUAUUCAAUAUGUGCAUUGACACAGAGGCAUAAUCUGAUGUUAACCUAGAGACAUACGUCAAUUGGUCUAUUAAAGGAAUGAAAGAAGCUAAGUGAAGCCAGUAAGUGAAGUUUUUUAAAACAUAAAAGUUAUUUGUAUCUGGGAUGUUGCUAUGAAUAAAAAACCAGGAAGGAGGUAAUACUGGGUUGGUGGGAUCUGGAGCAUAUAUAUAUUAAUUCAGUUUCCCUAGACCAAAGUGAAGGAUUAAUUGAAAAUUUGGAUGUCUACCAUAAACUCUUAGCAGUUUAUAUUAUGUAGCGGGAUUAUGAAAUAACAGGUUCAGAUUGAGUCAAUUCAUUCAUUUAUAUCAAGAUUUUGUCACAUCCUGCCCUUAUAUCUGGUUCUGUUCCAGGAGCUGAGGAUAAACUGGUGACCAAAACAGAAACUCACCCUGGCUGUGUGGUUCUGUGGAUUGAGUUCCAGCCUGUGAACCGAAAGGUUGCUGGUUGAUUCUCAGUCAGGGCACAUGCCUGGGUUGCAGGCCAGAUCCCCAGUUGGGGACAUACAAGAAGCAUUCAAUCCAUGUUUCUCUCCCUCUCCUUCUCCCUACCCCUGUCUAAAAAUAAGUAAAAUAUAAGGAAAUUGAAAAAACUGAAAAAAAGAAACAAAAAAGGUGGGGAGGAUUCUCAAAACAGAAAACCCAUGAUCUCCACGAGAGAGCUUUGAGGUAGUUGGGUUAUCUUUAAGUGGGAUCUCUAUACUCCAGUUAAUCUAGUGAGAGGAUGUAAUUGUCUUUAUUAGGUGAAAUGGACAUGGAAUAAUUGGUUCAAGGGGAUAUGACAAUUUACUGCUAAAGGAGCAUAUUUUGAGAGAUUGGGGAGGGACUCUUUAGUGGCAGUUAAGUACCACAAAAUAUAAGUUAUUUUUUUUUAAGCCCAUUAGUUUUCUCCACAAGGACAUUGUACAUUUAAAAAAAAAUUUUAAUGGCUUUAUUUAAAUUUUAAUUGUUUAAAAUAAUUGAACACCAAGGAGUAAAAAAAUCAGUUCUCUCUUUGCACUGACCAUAUUUCACAUGCUCAACAGUUAUGUGAGGAGUGGAUAUAGCAAAAUGAGCAUAACUGAAACCAGGAGAAAAAUCACUAUCAUUUCCAUUGUAUCAGAAAAUAAUAUUGGUGAGUACUGGAUUCCAUAUUUUAUAUUUCUCAGCACAUUAAGAAAACCAAAACCCUAAUUACAUAUAGACUUGGAAAGUAAAUGAAUGAACUAAGAGUCUAAUCUGAAUAUAUUUUGUCAUUGAUGAAAACAGUUCUAUUCUGGAGAGCAGGAAAAGAAAAUGCUUCCUAAAAUUAAUGGAACAAAAAACAAAAUGAGAACCUUAGUCUCUAAGAAUGGUGGGCAGUAUAAGAAAUGGGAGGUGACAUCUAUGUGUAAUGUUUUGGAGAUGAAUCUGUAGAUUUGCCCACAGGGCUAUCACCUAUCAAAAGGAUUAUGGCUCUUUUGGGACCUGCUGAAUUGAGACUUGUGAAUUCUAUCUCCCUCAUUCCAUCCCACUUUGUUGAGAGUGGGUUCUUUGCCUUGAUCCCAUGAGGCUGUAACACCCCAGUACAGUCUUUCUUAGGAAAAGAAAUGGAAAUUGGCUAUGCUGUGGCUGUCUCAGAAUUCAGUUGAAAUCUUGGUAAUUUUCUCCUAGAAAUAAAGUACCAUCACUGUGCAAAUGUACACUUUUACACACAUGAUACAUCAGUGAA